AUGAUUCUACAAGAUCGCUUAGACGCGGAGAUCAUUCCGCCUGUAAGAACAGCGAUAAUGUUGAAUGGUACUCAUCACAUAUUGACACAUGGUGUCCUAGCCCGAGAUCGCGGCCUCUGGUACACGGGCAACGCGCUGAUCCGUGGAGAGAUCGAAGGACUCAGCACCCCGAUCCCGACGCGGAUACUGACCCAACUAGGUAUCGAUUACUAUUACAUGGACAAGGUCAUCGCAACUCUUUCGCGAGAAUCACAUAGGGCUCUAGGUGUCCGGCCUGUCCCUAAAAACGCUAUCUAUUAUAUGAGGUUUGAAACGGUGUUAGAAUCGUUCCAGAGACUCAAAGAUAGCCGUAUGAACCCUAUACAAUUUGAAUGGCUGCAAAACUUGUUGUUGGAUCACAAGACAUUUAGGGCCAUUCUAGAAAGAUUCCCAAGUCUCCAGUCGCGAGACAAUUCGCAUUUCAAGCUGAUGCCAAAUAUCAAGAUAUUGUACAUUGGGUUUUCGAGACGCUGGAGUGAGAUUGUGCUCGUCGAGGGCACGAAUAUAGAAGAUGUCCUCAUUACCGUCAAGCGAGAUGAUACGGUCAGUGACGAAUUAAUGUUCUCAGUAGGUCGGACCAUAGCUGAUCUCGUGGAGCUGCAAGAUGGGCUUAUGGCCAUUAUUAAGAAGGGGCUCCGAGAGAGCAUCGCGGAUGUCGAAGCACUCCAGGAUAAUCCGAGCAUCUAG